UGUUAGUGCUAGUAAAUCGAGCUCAGCGCAGACGACUGCGAAAUUUGUGUAAAUAACAAAUUAGAAUUAACUAAAAUGUGAAUGUGAAAUAUGAAAUGCAGUGGCAGCCUCACGUAAACGCACAAAACCACCAACAAAGAGGAAACGUUCCCAAUCGCCGUGAGUGAAGCCACCUCCAAUCAUCUGCCGUCGCACUCUUAACCUGUCGCGCUGCCUUUAUCGCCUGCAGCCAGCCAUAAAAACAGAAAACACGACUUGGAGAUUGCGGCUCAUUGGUGCCACAGACCAAAAUCAGGACAUGAGAAAAGCAUUCCAAAUUGAGCUGUGGCUUACGUUAUCUGUUUAAGAUGUCACUGGCCGUCUCCCUACGCCGUGCCUUGCUGCUGUUACUCUCAGGAGCCAUUUUCAUUCUGACAGUGCUGUACUGGAAUCAGGGCGUGAUUAAGACACAGUCCUACAAUGAAGCACAGCUGCGUCCACACCUCCAAAAGGAUCGCAGUUCGGCUCCCAUACCGCUGGAAAAGUCAUGGACCUAUAAAUGCGACAAUGACAGAUGUGUACGCGUUAAUUAUAACAAGAACGGAGCCAACGUGAAGCGUGUCUCCUUCAUCAGCUGCUCAAUGACCUGUGGAGAUAUUAACAUUUGGCCUCAUCCCACCUCCAAGUCGCUAGUCAGCGGUCACACGCUGCGCUUCUCCGUGGAGGAUGUACAGUUGCGGCUGGAUACGCCGCAUCGCGAAGUACGCAAGCGCCUCAAGUUGGCCUUUGAUGUGCUUGUCAGGCAAUUGCGGCAAAUACAGCAGCUGGAGUACGCAGCUCCGCGUGCAGAGGAGAUGUCAUCUGUCAGCGAGCCAGCUUCGAAAUCCACAGACGGUGCUGAAUCGCCGCUAGCUAGCGGACUUUUUAGCUCCACUUUUGGCUCACACCGGUCUGGCGAUCUGGAUAGUCUGCAUGUGAAGCUUUCGGUGCAUGAGUCAGGCGAGCUCGACUUCAAUCUUGACAAUGAUGAGAGCUAUGAGCUAGCGACAAGCUUUGAGCAUCGGCGUUUGACCGUGCACAUCAGGGCCAAGUCAUUCUUUGGCGCACGUCACGGACUGGCCACGCUGCAGCAGCUCAUUUGGUAUGACGAUGAGGAGCGAUUACUGUGUACCUAUGCCAGCUCCUUGAUCAAUGAUGCGCCCAAGUUUCACUAUCGCGGCCUUAUGCUGGACACCUCACGGCACUUCUUUUCCGUGGAUGCCAUUAAACGCACCAUUUCGGCAAUGGGCUUGGCGAAGCUGAAUCGCUUCCAUUGGCACAUAACGGAUGCUCAGAGCUUUCCAUAUAUUUCACGACAUUAUCCGGAGCUGGCUGAGCACGGCGCCUACUCGGACAGUGAAACAUACAGCGAGCAGGACGUGCGCGAGGUCACCGAGUAUGCCAAAAUUUUUGGCGUGCAGGUGCUCUUGGAAAUCGAUGCACCUGCGCAUGCGGGCAACGGCUGGGACUGGGGACCCAAGCGGGGCCUUGGCGAAUUGUCGCUAUGCAUUAAUCAGCAGCCAUGGAGCUUUUAUUGCGGUGAACCUCCGUGCGGUCAACUAAACCCGAAGAAUAACCACACCUACCUCAUACUACAGCGCCUGUACGAAGAGUUUCUGCAGCUAACGGGGCCCACGGACAUCUUUCACCUGGGCGGCGAUGAGGUGAAUCUCGAUUGCUGGGCCCAGUAUUUCAAUGAUACGGAUCUACGCGGCCUCUGGUGCGACUUCAUGCUACAAUCGAAUGCGAGACUGAAAGUGGCCAAUGGAAAUGUUGCGCCCAAGCAUGUGGUUGUCUGGUCGAGUGCGCUGACAAACACCAAGUGUCUUCCAAACAGUCAAUUCGUGGUUCAGGUGUGGGGUGGCAGCACUUGGCAGGAGAACUAUGAUCUGCUGGACAAUGGAUACAAUAUUAUAUUUUCGCACGUGGAUGCUUGGUAUUUGGAUUGCGGCUUUGGCAGCUGGCGAGCUACUGGCGAUGCCGCAUGUUCGCCUUAUCGCACUUGGCAAAACGUUUAUAAGCACCGGCCUUGGGAGCGAAUGCGUCUGGAUAAGAAGCGCCGAAAGCAGGUGCUGGGUGGCGAGGCUUGCUUAUGGACCGAGCAAGUGGACGAGGGUCAAUUAGAUAAUCGACUGUGGCCGCGCGUUGCUGCCUUGGCCGAACGUCUGUGGUCAGAUCCUAAUGAUGAUCAUGACUUCGAUGUUGUGCCCCCAGAAGUGUUUCGACGAAUAUCAGUGUUUAGAAAUCGUCUUGUUGAGUUGGGCAUCAAAGCCGAGGCGCUGUUUCCCAAGUACUGCGCGCAGAAUCCCGGCGAGUGCAUUUGAUAUAUUAUGUAAAUGAAAAGGUGCACCCAUCUCCCCCACUCUGAGCGUUAAUUAGUUGAUAGUGUAAUUGUUAUUUUUUAUUAUUACAUUACAUAUUAAGCGUCCACUUAUCCAAUGCAUUAGGAAGCGAAGUAAGCUCAGGAGGCGACUCUUUUCAAAGACAUUAUACGACCAAGUGGUUUCUGGCUCCAACAGCCAUACGUAAUCACGAAUUUAAUUUCGAUAUAGUUACAUUUCAGUUAAACUCUGUCGAAUCAUACGCACACACAUACUCACAUGCCAGUGCUGUCAUCUGGCCUUUAUCGAACGGAUCCAUACUCUUGAGAAAUCGAUAGUAAGAAUAUUCCAUUGAUAGGGAAACAAAUUGUUGACUCUUUUUGUAUCCAUCUCUCCUGUUUUAACUAAAGGUAGCUGCCAGCACUGUAUCUCACAGACAUACGUAAAGACCCACAUUUCAGUUUUUUGUUUCUUUUAAUGAUUUGGCAAUUGAUUAGGAAGUAUUUGGUAAGUGAGACAGUGAUAGUAAUUAGCUAAUAUACAAAUAUAAGGAAUUCGUAGAUUUCAUACACUCAGAUGCACACAACAGGUAUAUACAGUAAAUACUUAGUAAGGCAUUCUUAGCUUAGACAACAACGUUAAUCUCAUGAAGAAGUAUAAAUUUUGAUAUUUUAAAAGCUUUAUUCGCAAAACAUGAAAAGCAAGAACAACAGCAAGAAGAAAAGAACAUGACUAGUACACACACAUACAUACGUAUACAUGAUAUUAUGUGACAGCAAAUUGUUUUAUGUUUCAUUUCAUCAUAGGAUUAUUUUAAAUUACAUUAUCAGUGAUACAAACAAUGUGACCUUAUGGAAAAAUAAAUAAAUAGGAAGCG